UAAAUAAUAAUUUAGAAGAGUACAAAACAGUAAUCAGGCGGGCGACACCAGCAAUACAAGGACAGCGAGGCCAUUUCUUCCACUUCUCGUUCUUCUUCCUCGUUCUCCCUCCGAUACGACGUCGCUCUAACCAUGUCUUACGACUACCUCUUCAAGUACAUCAUCAUCGGCGACACAGGUGUUGGAAAAUCUUGCUUGCUGCUGCAAUUCACGGAUAAGAGGUUCCAGCCGGUGCAUGAUCUCACCAUUGGUGUCGAGUUCGGAGCUCGGAUGGUCACCAUCGACGGUCGUCCUAUCAAGCUCCAGAUUUGGGACACCGCUGGGCAAGAAUCUUUCCGAUCAAUCACUAGGUCUUACUACAGAGGAGCAGCUGGAGCACUUCUGGUCUAUGACAUAACCAGGAGAGAGACAUUUAAUCAUCUUGCAAGCUGGUUAGAGGAUGCCCGGCAGCAUGCAAAUCCUAAUAUGACAAUCAUGCUCAUAGGGAACAAGUGUGAUCUGUCUCACAGAAGGGCUGUCAGCAAAGAGGAAGGAGAGCAAUUUGCAAAGGAGAAUGGGCUUUUGUUCUUGGAGGCAUCUGCAAGAACGGCACAAAAUGUCGAGGAGGCCUUCAUAAAGACUGCUGCAAAGAUUCUUCAGAAUAUUCAGGAAGGCGUAUUUGACGUAUCUAAUGAGUCAUCUGGCAUCAAGGUUGGAUACGGACGCCCCCAAGGUCCAUCAGGCACGGGUGGAACGGUUGCUCAGAGAGGCGGAUGUUGCAGCUGAUUAGAACCGGCUCUGUAUUAUGUUCGUUGGACAGAAUCUCCCAACUGUCCUGCUGCUACAUUGUGAAAACAUUGAAUGUACAGAUCUAAGUGCUUGGAUAGAUUUCAUCUUCUUUUCAGGGAUUCAACCGUUUUAAAUGUUGAAAUAUUUCUUAACAGUGGUAAUCCCACGUUGGAAACAUCGGUUAAGGUUGUGUAACUGUUCUUUGUUUGUCUGUCUAAUUUCCAUAAACGAACGUGAUGGCAUGGUUAUUUUUCGUUA